UCGCCUCGUAGGAUUCUCGACUACAUUUGCCAGAGAAUUUGCGAACGAUACAAGUCGAAUAUCGCGCUGCGUGUUUCAGAUGGAGCGCCAGGCGUACGGAUGCGCAAAAAGAGUGAGACCGUAAACACGGUAGAGCAGCCUAGAUUUCUCGUCCGUGUGGAUAUACACAUAGAAUCCGCCGGGUUCGUUUGGGGAUAGAAAGGUUCUUGAAUCGGGAGAAGAAAAAGCUCUUGAAUUAAGAAACUACUGUAUGUGUAUGCAUUGUAACAAUGAAUUGUUUAAAUGUCUAACUUAUAACUGUAAAUUAAAUGUAUCACGUGUUCGGCUGAUCGUUACGAUAUAAAACAUGUAAAAGCCCCCCACGUAAACAUUCGAUUGUAUUGUUUACUAGAAAUAAAAUUAUGUUAUCUAAGACCAACUCUGAAUUACCCGGUAAAUCCGCAAUGUCUGUUCCACUGCGACUUUCUUUAUUUAUAAUUAUCGUAUUGUCCCUGUGCUUUGCUAACAGUUAUAAUGGUGAUUUCGUAUUUGAUGACACUGAAGCAAUUGUCAACAAUGAAGAUGUACAGAGCACGUCUAUCAAGAAUAUAUUUGAAAAUGAUUUCUGGGGGGCUAAAUUAACUAACAAACAAAGUCAUAGAUCCUAUAGACCUCUGACAAUAUUAACUUUCAGAUUACAUUUUUGGUUUCGUAAUGGUCUGGUUGCCCAAGAUUAUCAUCUAAUCAACAUUAUUCUACAUACAAUUGUCUGUAUCCUUUUACUGGCUGUAUUUCUUGUAAUUUUGGGUUCAAAAGAAAUGACUACUGCAUUUUAUGCAACAGCAUUGUUUGCUGUUCAUCCAGUACAUGCAGAAGCUGUUUCAGGCAUUGUAGGUAGAGCAGAAUUGUUAUGUGCUCUAUUUAUGUGGCUGUCCAUCCUGUUAUAUUAUCACUCGAUCAAUGCAAGCAGACUAUUCUACAGAUGGUGCAACAUGUGUGGUUGCAUUGCAUCCAUUGCAGUUGCAAUGUUGUGCAAAGAGACUGGUAUCACUGCAAUUGGAAUUUGCAGUACUUAUGACCUCGUAAUAGUAAACAAAGUAUUCCCAUCUGAUGUAAUUAGAUUGAUGAAGACAAAGCUUUCUUACGCAGAGGCAAAAGAAUUCAUCAAGUUAAAGCAGAAGUUCAUAACUAGACUUUUUAUACUUUUUAUAUCUGGUUUGUUACUUAUGGUUCUAAGAUUUAGUGUUAUGGGAUUCAAAACACCAACUUUUCAACCUGUGGAUAAUCCUGCUUCAUUCAUGGACAAUACAUUUUUAAGGCUACUGAAUUAUAGUUAUAUUUAUUCUUUAAAUGCAUGGCUGCUGAUAUGUCCAGAAUGGUUAUGCUUUGACUGGUCCAUGGGUUGUGUAUCUUUGAUUACUGGGUACGACAGUAGGAUACUCAUUGUAAUUGUUUUUUGGUUGAUACUUGGUACAAUGAUUACAUGUAUCUUUAUUCACCGUGAAGACAUGUUUUUAAGAUCCUUGAUUAUGGGACUAGCAAUACUGAUUAUUCCAUUUCUCCCAGCUAGCAACAUAUUUUUUAAUGUCGGUUUUGUCUUAGCAGAAAGAACUCUAUACAUUCCAUCUGCUGGCUAUUGUCUCCUAUUUGUUAUAGGAUUACAAAAACUUUGUAGUCGUGUUUCUGUGCAAUAUAUUCUAUUAGCUUACGUAGUUUUGAUUUCAUUGUUCUUCGCGAGAUCUUGGUUGAGAAGUGAGCAGUGGAAAACUGAAACUGUGCUCUUUAGAUCAGCGUUGCAUGUUUGUCCGCUAAAUGCAAAAGUUCACUAUAAUAUUGCUAAAAAUGCUGCAGACGCCGGGAAUACUACAUUAGCGUUGUACGAAUACAAAGAAGCACUAAGAUUGAAUCCCAACUAUGCUCAAGCAAUGAAUAAUCUUGGUAACUUGCUCAAAGAUCAGGGAAAGUAUAUAGAAGCAGAGAGUUUAUUUAGACGGGCUAUAGAGCUGCAGGAUGACUUUGCUACAGUGUGGAUGAAUUUAGGUAUUGUUCUAUCAGCUCUAAAGAAGUACAAUGAAUCUGAGAGAAGUUAUUUAAUGGCACUGUCACAUAGAUCGAAAUAUCCAGAUUGUCUUUAUAAUUUAGGUGUUUUGUAUCUGGAACAAAAAAAUUAUGACAAAGCGCUAAAAGCUUGGGAAUCUGCUACAAAGCAGAGAAAGAACCAUAGAAGAGCGUGGACAAACAUGAUAUUGCUUCUCGAUGAUUUGGGUAAACGCAAUGAUGCACUUAAUAUAGCCUAUCGAGCUCUUGACUUUUUACCUGACGACGCUUCAAUUCAUUUUAAUAUUGCUAACAUACUGGGCAAAGUUGGAAAUUUCGUAGAAGCAGAAGUGUAUUUCAAAAAAGCGAUAUCAAAAGAUCCUACGAAUUCGAUGUUUUAUACGAACUUGGGUGUACUGUAUCAUCGAUGGAAUAAAUUAGACGAGGCAGAAUAUAUGUACAAAAAAGCAUUAGAAAUUAAACCAGAAUUCAAUAGCGUUAAAAACAAUUUGAGAAAAUUGUACACUUUGAAAUCAUCAAUAAAAUAAUGUAUAUUAUAAUAGGAAAGUAGAUUACAUGUUGUGAAAAUGA